GAGUUGUCUACACAGAUUACAGAGUAGUGGUUGUCUAUGCGCAAACAUACGUUUGAAUUAUUGUUCUUUUUGUGAACAAUUGAUCUAUAGGAAAAAUUAUUGGAGCAUAAAACAAAACUUUCUCUGUAUAUCUAUUCUGAAUAGCAAAUAAUUUAGAAUAAUGGAAUUUUUAUGACUUUCCACUCAAACUGGAGAUUGUGACAAUCGGAAAGUAAUCGCAAAAUGAAUAUGAAUCUGUUGUCAACGUUAGUAGUGUUAUCUACCAUACAAAUUAAUCAUUGUACACUAUUAGAUGGCAUUUAUUGUGGACGAGACAAUUGCUAUGAUGUCUUGGAAGUUUCAAGAGAAGCCACUAAACAAGAGAUAGCUAGAAGCUAUCGUAAAUUGGCUAAGCAGUACCAUCCAGACUUACAUCGAGGACAAGAAGCUAAAGAGAAAGCUGCAGAACAAUUCAAAAUAAUUGCAACAGCUUAUGAAAUUUUGAAAGAUGAUGAAUCCAGGAGUGAUUAUGAUUACAUGCUGGAUAAUCCAGAUCAAUACUAUGCCCAUUAUUAUAGGUACUACAGAAGGCGUAUGGCGCCUAAAGUAGACGUCAGAAUUGUGAUAAUUGUUACAAUAAGUAUAAUAUCUGCCAUUCAGUAUUAUAGUGGAUGGCAAAAGUAUGAUGAAGCCAUCAAGUAUUUUAUGACGAUUCCUAAGUAUAGAAAUAGAGCCAUGGAUAUCGCCAAACAAGAAGGGUUAUUGAAUGAUGAUAAAAAAAUAAGAGGCAAAAGUAAAGUAUCGAAAGCAGAUAUAGAAAAAGUGGUUAGAAAAGUGAUAGAAGAUAAAAUGGACAUCAAGGGAGCCUAUGCUAAACCCACAAUUAAAGAUUUGUUAUGGAUACAAUUGAUUAUAAGCCCAUACACUAUUUUCAUAUACAUAUUUUGGUAUGCUUCGUGGAUUUGGAGACAUAAUAUCCUUAGAAAACCAUUUUCAGAGGAGGAAAAGCUCUAUAUAAUCAGAAAAAAUUUAAAAAUGGGCCAACAUCAAUUUGAUAGUCAAGAGGAUCAUAAAAUCCAGGAAUAUUUGGCUAAAGAACUUUGGAUUCAGGAAAAUUUUGAAACGUGGUUUAAGGAGGAAGAAGAGAAUGCGAAAAAAUUGUUAGCUGAAAAUAAUCGGUAUAAACAAUAUAGAAGAUAUCUUAAAAACCAUGGUGUAGGCAGAAUGACUUUUGAUGAUUCUUGAAGAUGUUAUUAUGUACUUUAAUUCGUAAGAUUCAUUAUACAUUCUCAUUACCACA